AAAAAAACUUUGAAAACACAGCUGAGAAAACAAGUACUACAGUUUAAGCAGGAAAAACCUUGAAACAACAACUUUUCGUUAUAACUUUGCUUUGGUACAUUGGUUCCUUCUCUCAUCUCAGAUUCCAUUCCACCGAAUCUGGUCAAAAUCGAUCUCAAUUUUCCGCCAUGGAAGGUAACAAAGACGAAGCAUUAAGAUCCAUUCGAAUCGCAGAAGAAGCAAUUGCUUCAGGUAACAAAGAUCGCGCUCUCAAAUUCAUCAAAAUUGCUCAACGCUUAAACCGCGAUUUACAGCUUGAUUCCCUUUUCACUAAAUGUGAACGACUCGAUUCUCAGUCCACGGCUUCUUCCUCCGGCGCUGGCACCUUGCCGGUGAAGGAUAAGUCGGGGAGAAUCAAAGAGGAUGGUUUGAAUGUAGAGAAGAAUUACACGGAAGAGAAUGUUAAAUUGAUUCGGGAAAUUAAAGGGAAAAGUGAUUAUUAUUCGAUUUUAGGGUUAGAGAAGAGUUGUUCUGUUGAAGAGAUUAGGAAGGCUUAUAGGAAAUUGUCUUUGAAGGUUCAUCCUGAUAAGAAUAAAGCGCCGGGUUCAGAAGAUGCGUUUAAGAAAGUUUCUAAGGCUUUUAAGUGUUUGAGUGAUAAUGGUUCUAGAAGGGAUUAUGAUCAAGGUGGGUUGGUUGAUGAAGUUGAUUCGAAUUAUAAUCAGCCUAAUAAUAAUUUUAGGCGAAGGAGGAGAAGGGGUACCACGGCUCAUGAUAUUUUCGAAGAUGAAUUUGAUCCUGAUGAGAUAUUUAGAGCUUUUUUUGGACAAUCGGAUGCGUAUGGGCGGAGAAAUCAUGCUUAUAGGACUCGGGGCGGUGGUGGUGGGAUGGCUAGUCAUCAUCAGAGGCAUGAGGUUCAGGGUGGAGGACAUUAUCUUAUGUUGUUGAUUCAGCUUCUUCCAUUGUUGAUCAUUGUGUUGCUUGCUUACUUGCCCUUUACGGAUCCUGAAUAUUCCUUGCAGAAGAAUCAGUCUUACCAGAUUCUAAAGGUUACUGAGGAUUAUGGGGUUCAGUUUUUCGUGAAAUCUCAGGCAUUUGAUGCUAAUUAUCCGGUUGGAAGUUCGGCUCGUGAGGCCAUUGAGGAUAAUGUUAUAAAGGAUUAUAAGAAUAUGCUUCGUCGUUAUUGUCAAAUGGAGCUUCAGCGCCGCACUUGGAAUAGGAAUUUGCCUGUUCCUCACUGUGAAAAGUUGAAUAACUUUGGUGUUGUAGCAUGAAGGUAACUCUUUAUUUCGGCAUAGGAUAUGCAAUAUGUGUACCAUCUAUUCAGUUUUAUGUUAUUUAGAAUUGAUUGAGUGUUUUUUAAUGGAUUGAAAUACUUUUACUAUUAUCACUGCUUUUUAUUGAGUGUUGAUUAUGUUGAGCGGCAUACAGUUUAUAUAAAACCCUUUGUCCCGUGUUAUAUUACUGCUUGAUAAAUUAAUUAGCAGUGUGUGGGAAGUUUUCUAUGAAUGAGAUAAGAGAAAUUGCAUUUGUGCUUCAUGUACCAGGAUUUCUGAUAUAUUUAUACAUUGAUUUAUAGGAUGUGAUUACUUGUUCACAUGAUUAUUGUAUUUUUAUUGAAAUAUUACACCCUAGUUUAUGCCAGUGAAAGUGGAUGUCAAAUUUAGCUCUAAAUAGUGAAGUAAAUUUGACAAUCUAUAUUUUGUAAAGGUGUAUUGCUCAAGUGAGUUUUACUUUUCAUAUUCACACAUAUGCCUACAACAACAACAUUCUGAUUUAUUCAUGCACAUCUAAUUUGUUUAUAUAAAUAUUUGUUAUUAAUAAUUUUAAUGUCAUGCUUCAGUAAUUUGAAUUCUGUUCGGAUAUUAGGAACUCUUGGGAUAUGUUAAUGAAAAAUGCUUAAUAACACGACAAUAACACGCGAAUGAGAUGGCUAUUACAAGUGGGCCUUUUCUUUUACCCUUAUCUCGGAUAAUCUUGAAUUGAAUGAUUAAAGUCACUUAGAGAUCCUUCUUGACCAAGUUUGUUGUAGCCUUUAUUGUUGGUUGUUUUGGAUCUUAGAUCUAUGUUGUGUUGCUUCUAGCUAGUUGAAAGGAUAAAAACCAUAGCUACACUUUACAUUCAUUUGAACCUCCUGAAACCAAACCACACUAACCAACACUAAUCAUGUGUUCUUAUUCUUAUUCUUUUUUAUUUUUUGAAACAGCUAAAGUUAGUAAUUUGUUGUUAGUAUUAGUAUUUUUCAUCUUUGCCAGGACUUGAACCCCUUGACCUGGACUUGAACCCCUGGACCCUUAACUCCUUUAACUUCUUAUUCAUCUUAUUUUAUGUUCAAUUUUUGUUGGAGAUUACAACAUUACCUUACAUAAAGGUAGCCACUUGGUUGAGGAGUCACUUUGCAACCUAGAGAUACUUGGUUCGAAACUUGGCACUAGCAAAAAGUUUUUGUUUAUCAAUUACCAUUUGUCGCUUUGCUUUUAUGAUGCAGAGAGCAGAGCAUCCUCCUAGAACUGGUUGUAAAGCCAUAUCAAUGUUUUUUUUUUCCCGGUCUUUCUUAAAAUAUUUAUCUAUCAAAAAAUUCAUAUGCUUGGGUUCAUAUUUCACCGAGAUUUCAGCCGCUUAAUGAUACACCUAUUCGUGAGCGAGGCUUUCGUAAUAAAUAGCAUUUCUAGUGAACUCUUAGGGUAUGUUAUGUUAGUUUGCCUUCUUUUAGGAUAUUAGGAACUCUUAGGGUACGUUAAUUAUGUUAUUUUUUAAUUCUGUUUUAUAAUUUUGUAGUUAUGUGGUUGUGACUUACUAUAUUUUAUAUCAAUCUGGUUCAAUGCUCUUCAUUUAUGUUGAUAGUUUUCGUAUUUUAUAUUUAUUUCUGAUGUGUUUUUGUGCAUGUUAUAUAUACAUAAUAAUACAUAUACUAGUAUAUUGAUAAUUUUUAAUCUAUUCGGCAUAGGCCGCAACGUCAUCUGCCAUUUAUAUGGCAAAUAUUUGGCUUGCUGGCACAUAUGUGGAGGGACAACACUAGUUUAAGAGAGGGCAAUUGGUAGGGCUGAAGUGGAGGUAUUGGAACUAGCCAAAAAGCAAGGGGGUGGAAUCAACAUUCUGUAAAGAGGGGUGUAACUUUAAACUUAAAGGGCCUGAUCCAAACUGGUGUCAGUCAUUGGACUCUUGAAGACAGAGUUGAAUGGGGAAAUUAGUCAGACAAGUGUAUUUUUGGAUUUAAUGGGCUAUACCAAAGUCUAUGGAAUAGAAAUAGUGCCCCGGCAAAAUUCUUGCCUCAGCAAUAGUAUAAUAGAAUGGGACAGCCACAUAGAUGAUCACUCAAUGAGUCAAUGGCAACCAUUAUGUAUAAACCUUGGAUGCACUGUUGAGUUGAGCAUAAGAGAUCUUGGAAUGAAUUGCACAGUAAUUUCAAAGAUAUGUUUCUGAUAUUUUUCAGUUUUAAACUUGAGCAUAAGGUUGAAUUUCAGGGUUGAGGUAUUGUUAGGACAGAACAGAAGGGGAUGCAAAAAGUAAUUAGGGAAGCUAGAGAGGGGUCAAUUAAUUAAAGUGAUAGAGGGAAUGGGGAAAAAUGAUUAUGUCUAUUUGAUGGCUAUUGAGUGUAAGGAAUAAUCCUCUGUGAAGAAUAAACCUUUGGGGAGAAUUUUAUUCUCUAUUUUUUGUUCAAUUCUCGGUAGCACACUUACUAGAUUCUUUUCAUUUUUUCCAACAUUGUUUCCUUACAAUUUUGUGGGGUUCCUAACACCUUACCAAUUGAACUUUUCCUAAUUAGUUUUCUCCGUGUCUUUGUUCAUUUGUCAUUGCAAUCCAUCCUACUUUGUCAGUUGUCACGAACAUGCUCUGCCUUCUUUUGAACUUAUCUCACGAUUCCUUUACAAGCUGUGGCAAUUGCAAAUUCUCAACACUGCCCGCUCUCAAUGAAAAUUAAAAGAUUAAAUAACUCGAAACAUAUUAUGAGUUUAGAAAAUUGUCUUUGAUGCAUUGUUUGGGAAAAAAGGAUAUUUGAUUGGAAAAAUAGAGAGAAGACAAACAAAAUAGUUAUGGCAUGUUUCAUUGACUCUAGUUGCAAUUUUUUUACCGUACAUCUCAUUGGACUUGUAAUAUUGUAUGCGAUUCAAUGUUGGGAAGUAAAGAACCGUCAUUAAAGUAAACAUGGUGUUACAAAGAUGAGAAUGUUAGGAUAGACGGGUAGUUACAAAGGACGAGAUCAGAUUAUAAAUGCAAUAUUAGAGAGCAAAUAGAGAAAAGGGAUAGUUCCCAUGGUAGUAAAAUGGCUGAAUCUCGUCUUUGGGUUCCUAAUAGAUAGAGACGAAGAGGGAUUAUAGGCCAAACUGCCAAAUAGAAUUGAGCAUGUGCUGAUUGCUGAAAGAGGAAACACUUGGAAGGAGAAUUAUUCAAUAACAGAUCCAUUCUGGUUCUUUCUAUCUUUCAUUCUAUUCUUCAACCAUUGUUGUUGGUUGAAUCGUAACAUAUUUCUUUUAGCAUAUUGUGCUGUUUCUCAAUUCUUUUUUUGUCUUGUUCUUUCCUUGCAGCUAAAGAGACUUCAAGGAUAUUGUUUUCUUUGCUUGAGGAGUUCUUGUAUCAGUUGCUCAGCUUUUAUGCUCAUCUUAAUUCCUCGGGAUGUAUAAUAUACUUUAGGAGUAACCCUUGUCACACGCGGAAUGCUACAUUAGUUUCUGCCCGUCAAAUGCCUUGCAUUGCUGACCUUGCUGUGAUGUUUUUUUUUGAUAAAUAUGCAUAAAAAAUGUUUCUUAUUAUUGAGGGGGAUAUUUGGGUGGGAUUAUCUGUUAUGCUAUAAAGGGUUAUCAACGGUGGAGAAGAUGGCAGCAAAUAAUUGAACGAGUCAUGAGUAUCCGUAGUAGGUUCUUGCAAGCUCAUGAAUUGGGCUUAUAACAAGCUUGUGGGUAACAACUUAAAUACAGUUGAAGUAUGCUUAUUACACGAUUGAAAACAAGAGCUAUUGCAGCAUUCAAAUGAAUGAAUAUUCUUUCUUGUGAGGAA